UGUUAGCUGGUGUUUUGGGAGAGUGAGGCAUGUGGGGCCCACACUUUUAGCAGUCAGGCUCUUCUUGUGGUUUGAUGUGUUGGUUUUAAUUUGUGCUGCAGCUGUUUUAAAACUUGCAGGUCAAAUACAGCCCUGUCCUGAGUGUGCCAUGUCUGCGGGACUACAGAUGCUUGGUGCUGCACUGGGGACACUGGGCUGGCUGGGUGUUAUCGUGGCCUGUGCCCUUCCAUUAUGGCGAGUGACUGCCUUUAUAGGCAGCAACAUUGUGACUGCACAGAUCGUCUGGGAGGGCUUGUGGAUGAGCUGUGUGGUGCAAAGCACUGGCCAAAUGCAGUGCAAAGUCUUUGACUCUAUGCUGGCGCUGCCUUCAGACCUCCAGGCCUCUCGAGCCAUCCUUAUUAUUGCUCUCCUAAUUGCUGUUGUAGCUAUAGUUGCUAGUGUAGCUGGGGGUGAAUGCACAAACUGCUUGGUUGAAGGUUCUACCACCAAAGCUAGAGUAGCUACAGGAGCUGGGGUUUUCUUUCUCAUUGCUGGCGUUCUGAGCCUUGUGCCUCCAAGCUGGACGGCCCAUGUGGUCAUCAUGGACUUCUACAACCCUUUGGUGGCCCAGGCGCAGAAGAGGGAGCUGGGGGCUGCUAUCUUUAUCUGCUGGGGUGCAGCUGUGCUCCUGGUUAUCGGUGGAGGCCUCCUGUGCACAUCUUGUCCUCCCACUUCAAGGGCAAGAGCUGGCCAUUAUAAACCAGCAUCUCAAACCAGAGAUCGUGGUGCCUUUGUCUGACUGAGGUGUUCACUGGUCUAGUGUACUGAUUUGGUUUUUAAAUGUUUUAUUUUUGUAAA